AUGGCACUCUUUUAUUAUAAUGGUCAAAGCGGGCCUCUGGGCGAUGUAAGAGACGGUGGUGGAUAUCCAGUUAGCUCACUUGGGAAGAGUUUUGCAAGAUAUACCACGUAUGCAGGGCAACGUCCUCAAAGAAAUACUCUCUGCCUAUAUCAUGUUUCAAUUGGAAGUUUCGAUCUCCCUAACUGAGAUAUUCUAUUUGCGGGUAAUCUUAAUUUCGGAGGAAAUGCAACUAUUGGAAACGUUUCUUUUGGGUUAAAUCCUAAUCUCCUCGCAUAA